AUGCAGGUGUAUUUUCUCAAGAAGAGUUUUGUCAUCAGUAAUGUCGACAAUGCAAGAGAUUCUUUGUUGACUAAUAUAGCAGUAAACCACUUAUANAUCAACAUUAUUUGGUUUAGCGUAGUUUCGUCUUUCUGUUGGCCGCUAUCUACCAGCAGCAGAACACGAAUUCUUGUUUACGCAGUCUUGCGGAUUAUUAGCGUUAUUAACGCCUGCAUGCUGUUCCUGGCUUUGCUAUAUUCGGUUUAUGUGCAUUCAGACGAUAUAAUUAUUGUUUUUGAAUCUGUCUGUCUGGGUCUGGGUGUGAGUCAACUUAUGAUUCAGACUAUUAUAUGCUCGGUCAAUUACAAGUCUCUGCAACGUGUGAUCGAACAAAUGAUAGACCAUAUUAAAGAGGCGCAGCAAUACGAACGGGAGGUUUUCUGCAAGUAUAUCGCGAGAUGCAGCGUGUUUUAUGGGAGUUCGAUGGCGUGUAUGUACUUGACCGCGACUGCUUUUUCGUUUGGACCUGCAAUUUUGCCCGGUUCCUUCCCGUGUGAGGCGGAAUAUCCGUUUCGCGUUAAUUAUACGCCGGUGAAUGUUAUAAUAUACAUGCACCAGUCCAUCCUCAGUUUUCAAUGUGCCGCACAUGUGUGCAUAAGUAUAUUUGGAGCGUCUUUACUUUGGUAUACCGCCGCAAGAUUCGAAUGCUUAGCCAUAGAAUUGAAAAAAUCUACGAACAUUCCUAUGCUGAUUGUUUGCAUUGAAAAGCAAUUGCAUUUAAGGAGGUAAAGACACUUUACUUUAUGA